UCAAUUCAUGAAUCCAUCGAUCUUUAACUAGAUUCGAAUUAAAUGAGUUGGGUUAAUUUGAUUAUUUCGUGGAUGGAUUAGAUUGGAUUGUUGGAUUGGAUUCAAACGGCCACCUUCGAUGCACCACCAUGCAUGCCUACGGACCUUAUAUAUAGUACAUAAACCAAUUAUUGGGUGGGCGUGAAAUGCUCGGCAUAAUUGGUCACGAUGUUCUCGUUCCCACGGGUAUGCUUGUUGAUUAGGUAGACCUCUAUACUGUUGCUAUGUCUAGGGGAACAGUUUCAUCCAACGAAUCCGAGUGUCUAGGCAUGGACUUGAGAGAGUGUGUCAAGAAUCAGUCGGGUCCUAAUAAUUCGACUUGUUGGGAGAGAGGCCAAAUAAUGGAUUCUGCUAUAAUUAUUUUACAUAUCCUCUUGAACGAAUGCAAACCCAUGGGGCUUUAUACUUACGAAGGCUCAAAAUAUAGCUUGCUUAAAUCAACAUUCAUCUGUUAAUAUUGAGGUCAUGCGAAUUCGAACACUAGACCUAUCGGUCAACGCCUCUAAAUCCAUGUUAAAAAUCAUUUCAUCUCAAACGCUUCAUUUAUCAUCAUGAAUGUAAGAAUGAAUCUUAUAAUAUUUCCUUACACUGAUAGCUUAUAAAUUUACCCUCAGCCAAUUUUUUUUUUUAAUGAAACUGAGUUAUUUUUGAAACAAAUAAUUCACCACAAUAACUCGUUCUCACCAAAGAAACAGAUAGCCUGCAAUAUUCUAAAAUUUGAGUACACAUUCUCCGAAGACAGACAACCAUCACCACUUAGAGUUUCCGACGACUGCAUUACUGGCUGGUUGGAUCAGUAACAUGGGAUUAAGUUGUAGAAUGAAUUCCUCUGAUUAAUUAUAUAUCAGACUACAGCGUGCAUUCAGCCCAAAAUUGGCUACUCAUCGUCAAUAGUUAAUCAAAAUCAGACCAUGCAAAUAUUUAUUAAGAUAUACCCUUUAUAUUAUUAUUAUUAUUAUUAUUAUUAUUAUUAUUAUUAUUAUUAUUAUUAUUAAUCCAACAGUACCCUAAUUGCUUAGCUAACUACUACUAAUAAUAAGUCCAUCCGGCGACUUUCUUGCUUCACAUGUCUUCUUGUCCAUCUUACCCCAUCUACCCUAUCUCCCUAACCUAAUAUAUAUACAACCCUCAGCUAGCUUCCCCUAUUCACCCUCCAACUAGCUUGCUACAAAAUUCCACUUCCAAAACAAGAACAACAAACCCAAAUCUCGAUCUUCCCAUUUCUUCAUCUCCACCCCAAAUGAACUCCGUCCACAAUUGCACCGGCGCCGGUCCGACGAUGAUGAUGACGACGACGACGAUGAAGAGAAGCAACUCCUCUCCCUCCAACUCCUUGGAAAGCCCGACCAGCACCACAACUUCCAACAACGACUUCAUAUUCCACCCUUCUUCUGAUCAUCAUCACCACCACCAUCGUUAUCAUCAUCCCAUUACCACAGAUCAUCAUCAUCAUCAUCACAACAACAAUCUCAUCGACUUCCAAGCCGGCCCCGGCCUCCUCACCUUCGACCACUCCUCGUCGUGGGACAACUACGACGCCGUCGGGCCGUGGGACGACGACGCGAUGAACGUAGCAAUUAAUAACAACAACAACGUCGUUCCCACGAGACGCGGCGCCUUCCAAAACGACGUCGUUGCUAACGUAGCUGCCGCGAAUAAUAAUGUCGAUUCUUCUGUCUCUCACCAUAAGCACAAUAAGCGCCCCGGAGCCGGAGACAGCGCGCAGCCGCAGAAGAAGCAAUCCAACGGCAAGUCUGGAGCUAAAGCGGCUAAGCCCUCGCCAUCGUCGUCCUCGUCGCCUCCGUCCAAGGACCCACAAAGCAUUGCUGCGAAGAAUCGGAGAGAGCGGAUUAGCGAGCGGCUUAAGGUUUUGCAAGAGCUUGUCCCAAACGGCUCUAAGGUUGACUUGGUUACGAUGCUGGAGAAGGCGAUUAGCUACGUGAAGUUCCUUCAGCUGCAAGUCAAGGUUUUGGCGACGGACGAGUUCUGGCCGGCGCAAGGAGGGAAAGCUCCGGAUAUCGCGCAGGUGAAGGAAGCCAUUGAUGCGAUCCUGUCGUCCUCGAGAGGCAAGAACAACAAGAACUCUUCGAAUUCUUCCAACUCUAGCUCGGAAGGAGAAGGAGAAGAAGAAGACGACGACGAGUAGGAGAAUUUCCCCAUGUGGGGCCCACUAGCAUUUAUUACAUAGGAAGUCAACUUCCAACAAUUAAUUCCCUCAUUAUUUUUAAUAUUCAUUUCAAUUAUGGUAGCGGAGGUUUAAGAGGAAGUCCGUGUUUAGGGGGGAAUUAUUAAUGAGUAAUUAGCGAUUAGACGAUAAGUCCUUCCCAUCUGAGGCAGUCAGGCAGAUCUCUUUCUUUCUUGUAAUUUUGAAAAAAGGAAAAAAAAAAAAACUAAUUACUGAAUUUGUUAGUGAUAAAUCGGCUUAAUUCAACGUGUAAUCAAGGGGGCUCAAAACGGCCGCGUCCCCCAUGUAGUUUCAUUUUUUGGAGAGUAUUUGUAUUUCACUAAUUGGUGAACUCGUUUGUAUUUCAUUUUACUCGGUGUAAUGCAGAUAUUUAUUGUGUUGAUGAUUAAUAGCGGUUUCCUUCUUCAUAUUCGUUUAGUUUCACAGUAUCUGUGAAACUAAAUUCUAGGACUAAUUCAAAAAAGAGUAAACACCCUUCAACUACUAAUCUUAUUUACUGGUUGUGUGUGUUACAUUGCAGAAAGCCAAAUUUGGUUAUAUACAGAAGCAGAGGACGAGCAGGGGGGAAGAGAGGGGUGAUUGAACCCUAGCUUGACUACAUCAUAAGCAGUUAGUCUCAAUCAUAUGGAUCCAUAAUGGGCUUGGGUCGUACAAUAAAGGGAAAGAAGACAGCCCAGUUCGCUAACAGCCUCCUACAAAUGGAUGCUGGUCUCGAAACAUUAAUUUGCUUGACAGAUUCCACUGACGACACAUAGAGAAAGCCUUCGUGAAAAUGUCAGCAAUAUGAUCCUCGGUGCGAACAUAGUGGAGUGAUAGGGUACCAUCACUCACAAGGUCACGAACAUAGUGAACAUGAAUCUCAAUGUGCUUUGUAAGAUUGUGGAACACAUGAUUGACGUCAAUCCGAACGGCACUAGUGUUAUCAACUAAAACAUCCAUAGGAAUAGAGCAUGUGACUCCCAAAUCAACUAGAAGACGAAGUAAAUCAGAUAUGUACUUACGUUGACUAAGCAGAAGUCCUUGAGUACUAUGAGUUACCUCCAAACCCAUAAAGUAAGAGAGCUCUCCAAGAUCCUUGAGAUUGAAAGUAGCUUGAAGACUAAACUUAAGUUGAUGAAUACCCUCCUGAUGAGAGUCGUUGAUGACCAUAUCAUCAACAUAUAAGAUCAAUGCGACAACACCAGCAAUGGAUGUCCGGGUAAAGAGAGAAGGAUCGUUAGAGCUCUGCUGGAAUUCGAGUUGAAAAUAGUAGAAUAAAACUUGUCAAACCAUGCACGUCGUGUGUUUGAGAUCAUACAACGCCCGAUGAAGGCGACAAACAUGAUUUGUAGUACCAAGAGUGUAGCUAGGAGGUCACUCCAUGUAAAUCACCUCGUCUAAGUGUAACACCCUACCCUAUACGUUUUGCCUAACCAUAUUGUUCAUACAAUUGCAGCGGAAUUAAUCUCGGGUGUUACAUUAAUUAUCAAAAUUUACCCAAAUAAAAUUUCGACAUGAAUUACUCGCGUAAUGGGCUAACAGUUCUUGCAACUUAUCCUGCAAAAUAAUUCAUCACAAACAUAUAUACUCACAACCAUAUGCAUUGGCUUUUCUUAGCCAUAGUCACACUUUUCAUUCUCCACAACUGCAUACCAUACUCGUCACAACUUACACAGUUACACAACAUAUACACAUAUCGUCAACUUUCCACACCUGUGGAUAUCUCACACUAAAUCGGAAGCUAGUAUGCACAUGAAAAAUGUUCUCAAAACAUCUUUUUACAAAAAGGUGUGGAUCACUGGACAAAAUCCCGAGUAGUCAUCCAAGCACAGAAUAGUUGAAGACCAUACCUCAUCCUGGCUUCAACUCUAGCUCCUCUCCCACCUAACACUUAUCUACUGUUGCUGCUGAUGAUCUGCUUACACAUAGCAUAAGUAGAGAAGAAGAAUAAAAGAGGGUCAGCUCA